AUGCCAUGGGGUGAAGCUGAGGGUAUAUUAUUCGAUGAAGAUGAAAUGACCGGUGUUAUGGUUGCUGAUGAAAGCAUGGACCGUAUUUCAAUGCAAAGAUGCAUUAUUAGGGAAGGUCAAACGUUCAAGGACGCGCUUGAGUUUAGAAGGAUGCUGAAGAAUUACUGCAUUGCGACACAAAAAGCAUUUAAGAACCAUAAGAAUGACUCAAAGAAAAUUAUAGCCGCAUGCAUCAAUAAGUGCACAUUUGGUAUUUGUACUUGCAACUUGCAACAUACUUGCGAGUUGAGCUUCUUGCAGUCUCGGGAUCAUCCACAUGCAGAUGCAAAUUGGAUAUCGGGUAUUUAUAGAGAUAAGCUACCUACCAUGCCAUCAUAUAAGGCAUCCGACAUCCAGAUGCAUAUUCAAACCGAUUAUGGGAUUGAUGUCAAAUAUCAUAGAGCGUGGCGAGGCAAGGAAAAUGCGAUGAGGUCUAUCAAUGGAGGGGUAAGGGACAGUUACGGGAAUCUCUCCUGGUAUUGUCAUGCGUUGCGUGAGUGUAAUCCCGGCAGUAUGGUGGAUUGUGAAGUGGAAGCAGAAACACGACGUUUCCAACGCCUAUUUGUAUACUUCAAUGCUUGCAAAAUUGGUUUUCUUAGAGGUUUCAGAGCCUUAAUUUUUCUGGAUGGGACACAUUUGAAGAACAACUACAAAGGAUGUCUACUCUGCGCAGUAGCAACGGAUGGCAACGAUGGGAUGUUCACUUUAGCUUUUUCUGAUACUCUGCGGUAUCAGCCGAAAAUGACGAAAAUUGGGAAUGGUUUUGUUGGAGCCUAA